AGGCCUACGUUCCAACUCCCAACUGGAACUCAAACAUCUGGAGGAAUUUCUCAAUGUUCACACACUCUCAUUACAGGAUUCUGUCCGAGCCAGGACUGGCAUGACCUACAGCAGGCGGGCUUUUUGUGGCUGACCAUGCGAGGAACCUCUCAGUGCUGCGAGAAUCUCCUCUCCACCUCCGGAUAGUUCUGCAGUGCUCGUUCCUUGGAUCAUUGACCCCAGUGCAGUUUCGACUGUUUUCCUUUUCACCACGUAUUUGCACCAGGGAACAGCUUGUGGACCAAACAAGGGGCGAAGCAACUUUUUGACUGUGUAGAUGGCUCCUUUGUCCUUGUGCUCAAUAAUUUAUGCACUUUUUGUGUUGCUGUUGUGACAAUAUCUACAGGAGGGGACCAGGGAGGAAGGUUGGGAUUGUGACCCCCGCAUGAUCCCUCAGCAAGUCCUCUGUGUGAUUUAGUCAGCAGCAUCUUCAUCCUCCUCCUCCUCCUCCUCCUCACCUGCCAGCAUGCAGGUCUCAAUCGCUUGCACAGACCACAACCUCAAGGGUCGGAAUGGAGACCACGGAAAACAAAACACAACCAGCCCUAACGUGGUGAAUGCAGCACGGGCAAAGUUCCGCACGGUUGCCAUCAUUGCCCGGAGCUUUGGCUCGUUUACCCCCCGUCAUCACAUCUCCCUCAAAGAGUCCACCGGCAAGCUCACUGGCAUGAAGUACCGGAACCUUGGGAAAUCUGGAUUGAGAGUAUCAUGCCUGGGUCUAGGGACUUGGGUGACAUUUGGAGGCCAGAUUUCAGAUGAGGUGGCGGAACAGCUAAUGACUAUAGCGUAUGAGAGCGGGGUCAACCUCUUUGACACAGCAGAGGUGUAUGCUGCAGGAAAAGCUGAAGUCAUACUGGGGAAUAUCAUCAAAAAGAAGUGUUGGAGGCGAUCCAGUCUGGUUAUAACUACAAAGAUCUACUGGGGUGGAAAAGCAGAGACAGAACGAGGCCUCUCCAGGAAACACAUUAUUGAAGGGCUCAAGGGCUCCCUGCAGAGAAUGCAACUGGAAUAUGUAGAUGUGGUCUUUGCCAACCGUCCCGAUAGCAACACACCAAUGGAGGAGAUAGUCAGAGCCAUGACCUACGUGAUAAACCAAGGCAUGUCCAUGUACUGGGGUACCUCAAGAUGGACAGCUAUGGAAAUAAUGGAGGCUUACUCCGUAGCGAGGCAGUUUAAUCUGAUUCCUCCAGUGUGUGAGCAGGCUGAGUAUCAUCUCUUCCAGAGGGAGAAGGUGGAAGUGCAGCUGCCCGAGCUCUACCAUAAGAUAGGUGUGGGGGCCAUGACAUGGUCCCCUUUGGCCUGUGGGAUUAUCACAGGGAAGUAUGAAAAUGGUAUCCCAGAAUUGUCCAGGGCGGCUAUGAAGUCGUACCAGUGGCUGAAAGACAAGAUAGUCAGUGAGGAUGGACGUAAGCAGCAGGCUAAGUUAAAGGAACUCGGCCAUAUUGCUGAAAAGCUGGGCUGCACGUUGCCUCAGCUUGCUGUUGCUUGGUGUCUGCGAAAUGAAGGAGUAAGCUCUGUACUAUUAGGAACCUCCAAUGCAGAACAGCUUACCGAAAACCUGGGAGCCAUUCAGGUACUUCCAAAGAUGACAUCCCAUGUGGUCUCAGAUAUUGAUCAUAUACUUGGGAAUAGGCCAUACAGCAAGAAGGACUACCGGUCCUAGGGCCUCUGGGAUAGUAAAUGAAGUGUGUAGCAGUGUAUAUGCCCUCAGUGGUUCCUGCUCCGAGUCUUUUUUCAUCAAUGGUCUGGCCUCUCUCUGGAGCCUUAGAAUGCUGUCCACCACAACCUGCACCUGCAUCCCCUCUAUCUUUACUGGUGUGCCUUUGCAUUCCAAAACUACAGUGAGAAUCCCUAAGUGGUGUCAAGCUGUCACUUCAUAAAGGCACCUUGAAGGAGAGCUUCUUUCAUUAACAGCAAUGCUGUUGAGCAUUGCUCUGAUGUCAUCUAGAAAUGAUAUUGAAAUAUAUUCUGAUUCAUGAUUGGCCUCUGCUCUCAAAACCAUCAGCCAUUGGGAUGUCGGGAAUUCUGGACUGGGCAGAGUGGAGGAACAAAGCAUGUCGUCCUCUUGUGUUCAAAUGCAGUAAUUGUAAACCUGGUUCCAGAGCAAAGACUCAGUGGAACGGUCACCAGACCUGACUUUGUGCAUUCAUAAAGAUUCUGUUUUGCUUGUGCAAGAAAGCCUGUAAUGUUGUUUGAUAUUUUUAUGAGAGACAUUUGAAAAAUAAUUUGUUUGUUUGUUUGUUUCAUGCUAUGGGAUUCAGGUGUUUCUACCUGUGUUAAAAAAGUUAGGACACACCUCUUAUCUUGGAAGUGACUUAAAUUAAUGAGAGUAGCAUCACUCUAACAAAUUUAUGAAUAUGUAUUGACUGAACAUGCAACAGUAUUAUAAACUGACCUCAAUCCAUAUGGCAGUAUAAAUUUACAGUAUUAGAAUUGUUCUUAGAAACAUGCAUAUUGUUUCUAAAGCCAGCAGCCUAAUGCAUGAAUGGCAGUGUUAAUUUAUAUAUGAUUGUUCUGGAAUCCCACCAGUUUCUUAUUUAGGUCCGGUCAUCCUUUAGUCUCAAGUUCCAAAUUAGAGCUCUGCGAGAAUCUCCCAAUAUGCAUGGCAGAAAUAUUAGGGGUGACAGUUUGCUGGUGCCUUGUGUUUGUUUUUAUUAUAGCUCUAGUUAUCCAUACUUUGAAGCCAUACUUUAUCAUGCACUUGGUAUUUUAACACAGGCAAGCUGCUUACCCUGCAGUAUUUUACAUACUCAGAGCUUUUAGAAUUACUUGAAAUUUCAUAAGGAAAUAAGCAGAUUUGUUAUUUAUUUUUAUUUUUUCGUCGAUGGGGUGAUUCUCAAGAAACCUGUCAAUAAAAUGUCCUGGUCAUAUCAAACCAAUACAAAAAAAUAUAAGAUUGUAUAUCAAUACAAGACAGAAUUUGUGGCAUAAUGUUUAAUUACCAGAAACGACUUUUUUUCUUUUCCGACUAGUCCUGCCUUUUUUAAACAAAAAGGAAAUUACGUUAUUAAACAAAUAAAAACAAAAAUUUUGGUUGUAAUGCAAGUGAAUGAAGCAAUUUUUGGAGGAUUUGAAGGCAGAAAUGUGAAGCUUAUAAUUUUAUAAAAGCACACAUUCAUUCUUCUGUUAAAACUCGUAUAUUAUUUGAGUUGUACAGUUGUUUCAUCGUUUUAUGGCUGUUUUAGGGUUAAUGCCUUUUCAUUGUCAUGGCAACACAGUUGUAAAAUUGAAAAUAACUUUACACAGAUAGAGUAAAGAAUAAUAAUUUUAUCACACUAAAAUCACGCUAACACACAUUAUGUCUUGUGGCUAUACUUUUAAAACAGUCAGUAUUUAACGUUUACGGUUAGGCCCCAUUCACGUUCAUUGCCUGUCAAUUGAACUUCAUUUGUUUAGUCUUGUGGCCUACAUUGGCUUACACUGACACCUAGUGGCUUGGAUGCUGCAUCAUUCAAACAAUGUAGGUUCUAGUCACCAAUGUCAUUGUAAUGUCACAAUAAACUAGGAUUAAUUUAAUCCAUGAAUGAAAGUGUCCAAUAACAGAGCAGUGACUGAUUGUCAUUACAUAAGAUGCUGCUGUACGCUUUUCUUUCCCCUUUGCGAAAAUGAAAGGUCAUGCCCAAGGGAGUACUCCUAUCAUGUGCAAAUACUUAACUGAUUUCUACAAUAUGAAAAAUUAUUUUUAAAUUGUUAAGACAAUUAGGAGGGAAAAAAGUCCUACUGAAAUACCACAAUGUAAAUAAUCAGUGUAACAGUCCUACAAGAAAUAGGCUUCAUUUUAUAAAUGCUUUUUUUUUAAACAGUUUCUUUUGAUAAAGAGUACAAGCACAUUUUCUUGACAGGCUUCAUGAGAAUUGCCUGAUGGCUCUGUGUAGAAGAAAUCCUAGUAAACCAGUGAAUUUUUAGGAAAAACCUUGGAUGUGAUGCCCAAAGAAUUCAGAAGGCUUUCUAAUGGAUAUUUAUAGUAGAGUGUGUGUGUGCGCGCAUAGUGUUACCUUUAGUCUAUCUCCCUGCGGAGUGCCUUGAUUCUAACCUGCAUGAACAUUAGGGCUUACCCAUUCUCCCAUGGGUCCAUGAGUGUAAUACUGUGAGCUUUUCUCAAUUGUAAAUGAUGUAAUUUACAAAGUUGAAGAGAUCACAUCAUGAGGUAACUACUGUUUUCUAAAGUUUGUAAAAUUGUUUUAGGAGAAAAUAGGACAUGUUGGAUUAACAGGCUGUAAUGAAUCUCUGCAUCAGUGUCUUCUAUCAUAUCACCCAUCUCUCUCCCUGUAUGGCCACAGUGAAUUCUGUAAAUAUAAAUAUGUAAACAGUACAUAGAAGUAGAUUAUAUGCUUGAAAUAAAAAUGCAUAUGUCUGGUAAAUCCAUGAAUGUGUUGUGUGUUUCCUUGUAGGAAAAAU